GGGAACCAGCCGUUGAAACCUGAGUGGAUGAGCUCUCAAGGCUAACCAAUGCCCACCUCGGAAUCAGCUCAGCCUUGUACUUGUGUUUCAUUCACUUCAUCUGAUCCAACCUCACCUGGCCAUUCCGCCUUCAUUUUGCCCAUGUCCCUCUCGGGGAUGGGCUGAGAAUUGUUUUACCAACACUUGCCUAGACAAGAUAGCUCAGCUCUGUGCGUCUUUUCAGUUUUCUUGGCUUCAGCAACUGUUGAAAGAUUCAUUCAACAUCUUUCCUUCCCAUUUUUAGCGCACCCUGCUACCUCUAUCCGACCGCGUCGGAUUCGGAAAGACGAACAAAAUGGCGACCGCGUUCCGGCAUGGCGUCAACUCUCCAAUUUCAUCACCUCCGAGGAGCAUCAUCGAGGUAAGAGACGGCAUUUCCGCCCACACCUUCGACCAUGACACCACGUCAACUGGCGACGCAUCCUACAUCGUAGACGAGCUGUUAGGGAUGGAGACCCGAGCAAGCGCCAGGGCGGCGGCUAAGAAGUCGGCAGUGAAUGGAAGAGAUGCAGAGCUCGACGAGUCGGCCACAAUUCAGUGCGCCGGUGACGGUGAUGAUUCUGGUGCCGAUGAUGAAGAUGGCAACUACGACGAACACGACGGUGAUGGUGACGACAGCGUUCGUGUUGACCAAGCCGCAUCUCUGAAGCGCAAGGCGGGUCCCCGAAGCCGGCCCCCUUCAACCUCGUCCAAGAAGCCGCGUCGUGCGGCAGUCGCCCCUAAAAAGCCCACCAGAGAUAAGAAAUGGGAGUCCCCAUUUGUCUACACCGACCCCAAAUCGCCGCUUACGCAAGCUGACCUGAGAGCUAUCCUGCUUCUUCCUGAAGCGUGGGGUAUUCUAACGCCAGAAGAGAGGCAGGAGGUGCUGGCCAAGUUCCCUGACAAGAUGCAUAUCUUGGAUUCUGGAACCGAGGCUGCUCGCCCAAACCCCGAGUCGCUGCGCAACGACGACAACUUUAGGCACGACUGCACUCGCUACUGCGAGAACCUUGAGCUUGGCCAAUAUGACGAUGACUGGCUGUACCAAGCAUGGACCGCCCACGAGAAACACAAGCGUGGCGACUUUGACCGCCAUCUCCAGCGGAGAUUCGAGGAAGACUGGCGGAUGAAACUGCCUGAGGACCACCUUCCUUCUAGACUCCACAGGCAACAGAACCAUGAAGAGUCGCUACCUGGUUCUAGUCGGGAGCCUUCGGGCGAAGCUGCGAGUCCCAAAAACCCCGACGCGGACCUAAAUUGUGGUGAAGAAGGCGGCGCAGAGCAGAAAGAUGACCCGAAAUGUGCCGGAAAACCAGGAGAUACACUCAAUUCCAGAACCGCUCCCAAGAUUGCUCAUGAUCCAGAACCGAAGUUCACCACACUCUCCUCCAUGCCAGCCGCCCCUGCUGAGAAAAAUUCCGGAGAGGACUCAAAGAAGGAACCUGAAUGAUGCGGGAAUAGCCUCAAUCGCCUGCACCCCGCCAAGACUGGCUGAGUGCCCCGCACCUGCAGGCACGUGCCUGCACCUGUAUAUUACGUAAUAUAGAUCAGUUAUAGGCGGUGUCAGAAGCGGUGUGAGCAGGCAGUAUCGCUAUACAGCCUCCGAGGGUAUUACCCACGGUCGCACACACCACUCUUCCACCAACCUUCAACCUUCUACACACU